ACCCCGUUUAAAUUAUAAACAAUUUAGAAUGCUUUACGAUCUCUAUAAGCGUUUUUUUUGUUUGGUGACGUCACGUGGACUAUAAAGACCAAUUGCUCAGAUUAUUUGCGUCAGUCAGUCGUAGUUGUUAAGUUGUAAAGUGGUCUAUGUAAAUUUGUAAAUAAACACUUUUUGUUCAUUGUUUCGAAAAACGCUUACGUUUUAAUACAGUUAACUUUACAUUAAUACGUUUAAAAUUUUGGUAUUCGUUUACUGUUUACGUUAUCUUUAUUGUUUUUUGACAGCUGCAUUAUUUUUUGGAACGUUAAUAAAUAAAAUAUGAAGAUAUACGUUGCUAUUGCAUUUAUUUCUUUGGUUGGUUGUGUGUCCGCGCAGUGUAACAUUCCACCACAAUAUUGGUGCGAUUCUUUGUCCGUUGCUCAAAAAUGCGGCGUUGAAUCUGCUUGCCGUGAGUUUCUAAAUGCAGAAGCUGCAGAGCCUGUUAACAUAGAGUUAUACUUCGAAUCCUUAUGCCCUGGGUGCCGCCAGUUUAUCACAACGCAGCUCUAUCCAACUUGGAUGAGCCUCAAAGAGUCUGGAAUAAUGGCAGCUUCAAUGGUGCCUUAUGGAAAUGCAAAAGAGGUUCAGCUCUCCAGUGGUUUGUGGAAUUACACUUGCCAACAUGGAGCAGAGGAGUGUGUAGGUAACCUGAUAGAAAAUUGCAUAAUUCAUUACUCAGAAGAUAAAUUCGACACAUAUUUCCCCAUUCUAUACUGCAUGGAAGAUGCCUCCGAUCCAAUAAAGGCAGCAGAAAUGUGCGUAAAAAAAUCUGACUUAGACUGGGACCAAAUCCAUACAUGCUCCAAAGGCGAACAGGGCAAUCACUUAAUGCAUAAAUCAGCCAUGAAAACAGAAGCCCUGGACCCAGCACAUAAGUAUGUCCCAUGGAUUGUCGCCAAUGGAAAACACACCGAAGGCAUGCAGCAGGAGGCACAGGGAAAUCUUUUGAAAUUUGUAUGUGAUACCUAUACCGGUGCAAAGCCUAAGGAAUGUCAAUCAGGCAUCAAAUUCAAGCAGAUUGUAUCUUUCCGUGAAAUGUAAUCAUUUAUUUUCAUGCAGAAUUUCCACCAAUAUAAUUUUCUAUUCAAUUUGACUAAAAUUUUCUAUUACUAUAGCUUCAAAAUUUUGUAAUUUUUUCCACUGUUUAUUAAAUUACUUUAACUUUACAAAUAUUUUAUUUUUUCCACUGAUCUAUUUUUUGAAUUCUGUUACAUGAAGGCAGCACUAUCUAGCACUUACAUAUUGUCAAUUUAAAAAAGAGCUUUUAUUUAAUUAAAUUACAUAAAAUAAUUGCCCAACUUACAAAAUUUUUUGGCAGGUCGUUGAUAAAAACAUUCUGAUUUAUAUAAAAUUAUUAUUGAUAUGUCCGUAAAAUGUGUUGUUACCAAAAAUUAUAACAUUAAAUGAUGUACAUGAUUAAAUUCAAUCUAUACCGAGUCCCUAUUGCAAUUGUUUGCAGCAAUCGCAUGCAUUAAAGUUUUAUUUGCAGAAUUGCUUAAAUUUAUUUACAUAAACUGCAGUUGCACCAUAUCAUGUGCUUUUUGAUCUCGUGCUACUCAUUUGCUAUGCAAACAAUGUAUGUUGAUUUGGCAAUACUUUUAAAGGGCACUAUAUAACAUGCAUGUUAAUAGCUACAAUACAGCUUAUCUCAAAUUUCUGUAACCACUAAUUACUCUAUGCAUUCCAAAUUGUAGCAAAUAUUAUUUUUCAGGACAGGCUUUUUUCAUUGUGUUUAACAAAUUCUUCAUAACAAGUAUAAAGUAUCACCUUACUUAUGCAGUAUUAAUGAAUUCAUACUGUAAAUUUAUGUCAAUUACAUAACAAUCUUCUUUAAAAUUCUCAAAAUUAUAAAUUCCAUGCAUUA